AUGGACGCGUUCCGCAUCGCGGUGCCCCAUUGCCCCGACGGGGGUUUCUUGUACAUCCCCGAGUUUGUGUCGAGCGACGAGGAGGCGUACCUCGUGCGCAAGAUCGACGAGGCGCCGCGGCCAAAGUGGAAGCAGCUCGCGCACCGCAGGCUCCAGUACUGGGGCGGCCAGAUUGCCGAGCGCUCGGGCAUGCUCGUCCCCGAGACGCUUCCUCCCUUCUUUACCCAGUUUCCUCCGCUGGUUGAGCGCCUGCGUGACACGGGCGUGUUCUCGGGGAGCAAGCACCAGCAGCCGAACCACUGCCUCGUGAACGAGUACGAGCCGGGGCAAGGUAUCAUGGCGCACAAGGACGGCCCCGCGUACUUCCCAGCCGUCGCGACCAUCUCCCUCUGCGCCCCCAUCCUACUAGAUUUGUACGAGCCCAAAGUGGACGGCACGUUGCCCCCCGAGCCCGCCUUUUCGAUCCUGCAAGAGCCCCGCAGCCUGUUGAUUACCUAUGGCGCGGCCUAUACCCAGUACCUGCACGGUAUCGCCGAGCGCGACGUCGACACGCCUGCGGACCUCGCGCGCGUAUGCAAUGUCGACCGCCUCGGCGACGCGGCGCUGCGGCAGGUCAUCGAGCGUGCACAGGCCACGUCGACAAGCGUGCCGCGCGCCCGCCGAGUGAGCCUUACCUUUCGUGAUGUAGAGCGUGUUGCGCCGUCGCUGCGCCUACGGUAG